UGACGUUAUCGCUGCAGUAGGAUCCGGAAUUGAGAGCUGACUAGCUUGUCUAAACCGACGCCUACGGUGAAAUAGUUACGGCUUUCGCCUAAAAGGACGACACUAAGAAGGAGACCGGGUCCGUCGGCGGUCACCGGUUCUGCCAAUUGGCCCCAUGUUCUGUGCGUGUUCGUGGGCAGCAUCUCGGUUAGUAAGUACUUAGUACUGUUUACAGAGCCAUUAAACACAGACAAGUGCUGGGCUGCUUGUUUAAAGAGGCGAAUCUGCUCAUAGGAGGAAAUAGUUACCUUUAUAUAUUUUUUUAAAAAUUGUGUUUUAUCCCAACGGAAGGACAGAACAGACCGGGAACGGGACUAAUAUAACAUGGAACUUCAUCAAGCGUCUCUACUUUUAAUUGACUUAUCUAGACGAUAAGGGUCAAUAAGCAGGAGACUGGGAUGAUCGCACUUAGACAAGGCCACACAACACACGUCGGUGUGCACUUUGGUUUAUAACUUUUGCAGUUUUGCAGUGUGAGCCUGCGUUUACAUCGGGAAAAAACUACACAAGACAGUCAUGGUCUUUGGUAGACACGCAUCGCGGUCUCUCGUAUCCACGUCGCAGUUGUGAUUUGUUUGAUUCAACGGAUGCGUCCCCGUUUGCUUGUAAAUUAUGAGUGGUUUGGCGUGACAGCGUGUCACACGUCUGGGAUGGACUAGGUCCGGGUGAGAGCGUGAUAAAGCAAACAGGUGCGGCAGAGCAUCCUGGGUUACAUGAUUGUUCUGCUGGUAUCAGUCAUCAUCCAUUUACUUGAACACGACUUUCACUACACUGUGUGGAUGCUUUAAGGUCCUAGCUGAGCGACAGAGAUGCAGUGUCAGAGGUGAAUUUUUGACCUAAAUAAUAUGAUAGUGUAUGUUAUUAAGUUAUGUACAGGGGUCGUGUCCAAUGUAAAUAUGUGCAAUACCGUAAAUAGAAUAUAGGUUUGUUUAAGUUUGGAGUUUGCUCGGGCUUUAUUGAAGGUACGAGUCUUUAGGGCUUGCAUAUUUAGAAACGUAUAAAUAAAAAUUCUGUGUAAAAGAAUGGCUGCAGUGCGAUCAAACACGCCAAAAUGUGUAAUUGUCUGAAUUUUUCAACUGGGUCAGUUGCAUUAAGUAUAGGUUAGAAAAGGUGAACAAAUUAGUAUGAAGCUUUUGUUGCUCGUUAAUAUAGUUCAGCCGUGGUAAUGAGUAGGUAGUGCACACAUAUUUCAAGCUACGCUUUAGUGUAAGAUCGUGCCUGCACACAAUCAUGCCACCAGUCCUGCUUUUACUGAUGCUGUCUGGAGCCAUUGCCAGUCUGGGGCAGGCCAUGUCUCGAGAGGAAAAGCGACGAUUAAGGAGCCAAGUGGUUGAGAUGUUCGACCAUGCCUAUCAAAAUUACAUGGAUCAUGCAUACCCAGCAGAUGAACUGAUGCCCCUCACAUGCAGAGGAAGAGUACGUGGGCUUGAACCCAGUCGUGGUGACGUGGACGAUGCGCUGGGAAAGUUCUCCCUGACCCUUAUAGAUACCCUGGAUACCCUGGUGCUUUUAAAUAAGACGACAGAGUUUGAGGAUGCGGUGAGGAGAGUCCUGUCGGACGUGAGGCUGGACAAUGACAUUGUUGUGUCUGUCUUUGAAACGAACAUUCGUGUCCUGGGAGGACUUUUGGGAGGACACUCCAUGGCUGUGAUGCUAAAGGACGCAGGUCAGCACAUGCAGUGGUACCAGGACGAGCUUCUGCAUAUGGCCAAAGACAUAGGUCUGCGUCUGCUGCCAGCUUUCAACACCAGCAGUGGUCUGCCAUAUCCCCGGGUCAAUUUAAAGUAUGGUGUCAGAGGUCCUGAAACGAGAACGGGCACAGAGACGGAGACUUGUACGGCAUGUGCAGGAACGAUGAUCCUGGAGUUUGCUGCCCUGAGUCGCUUCACAGGGGAUCCGGUUUUUGAGGCCCAUGCUCGACGGGCGAUGGACUUUCUAUGGGAGAAGAGACAGCGAAACAGUAACCUGGUUGGGACCACCAUCAACAUCCACAAUGGAGAGUGGGUGAGAAGAGACAGUGGAGUUGGGGCCGGCAUUGACUCAUACUAUGAAUAUCUACUUAAGGCCUACAUCCUUUUAGGCGAUGACCUGUUUUUGCAGCGGUUCAAUAUUCACUAUGAAUCCAUAAUGAAGUACAUCAGCCAACCUCCUCUGCUUCUGGACGUCCAUAUACACAAACCUCUGCUUCCCGCGCGCACCUGGAUGGACUCUCUGCUCGCUUUUUUUCCCGGUCUGCAGGUACUAAAGGGAGAUAUCCGCCCUGCUAUUGAGACCCAUGAGAUGUUGUACCAAGUUACCAAAAAACACAAUUUCCUCCCAGAGGCCUUCACUACUGAUUUCAGGGUUCACUGGGCUCAGCAUCCCCUGAGACCUGAGUUUGCAGAGAGCACCUAUUUCCUCUACAAGGCCACAGAAGACCCCUAUUACCUUGAGGCAGGUCGCACUAUUCUGGAGAACCUCAAUCGCUUUGCCCGUGUGCCCUGCGGCUUUGCUGCAAUGAAGGAUGUGCGUACAGGGAGUCACGAAGAUAGAAUGGACUCGUUCUUUCUCGCUGAGAUGUUCAAAUACCUCUUCCUGCUCUUUGCCGAGUCAGAGGACCUACCCUUUGACGUGGAGGAUUAUGUUUUCACAACUGAGGCACACCUGCUCCCCCUGUCCCUCUCCGCAUCCUCUUACUCUUCAUUUGUCCCCUCGAACCGAACGUCAGAGGAAGAGCUGGAUGACUCUAACUAUGACUGGACCUGUCCUGACACCCGUUUGCUCUUCCCGGACCCUUCCUACCCUCGCAACCUGAGAGAACCAAUCCGAAGUGCUGUGGACAAGAGCUGCCCACGUCCUUCUCCUAAUAGGGAGCCUGGCAUUGGUCGUCCUCCUCUGAGGGCUCAAGACUUCAUGGCAAACAACCCGGAACAUCUGGAGCUGCUUAGGAGGAUGGGAGUCAGUCUCAUCCACCUGAAAGAUGGCAGGGUGCAGCUGGUGCAACAUGCCACUCAGGCGGUGAGUGCCGUAGCAGCAGAGGAUGGCGUGCGUUUCAUGCAGGAGAUGAUGGAGCUAUCCAGCCAGCAGCAGAAAGAGCAGCUGCCGCCCAGAGCCGUUCAGAUUGUCUCCCAUCCCUUCUUUGGUAGAGUUGUUCUGACUGCCGGCCCGGCACAGUUUGGCACAGACCUGUCCAAAAGCUCCACUGGGGUACGAGGUUUUGUGACUGUAGCCGAACCGUACAGUGGCUGCACGGCGAUCACAAAUCCCAAGGAUGUCCAGGGCCACAUCGCUCUUCUUCAGAGGGGACAGUGCAUGUUUGCAGAAAAGGCUCGACACAUUCAAAUGGCUGGGGCCAUUGGAGGCAUAGUCAUCGACGACAAUGAGGGCAGCAGCAGUGACACAGCUCCCCUGUUUCAGAUGGCAGGAGACGGUCGCAGCACUGAGGACAUCACCUUACCUCUUCUCUUCCUCUUUCACAAAGAGGGCAACAUCCUGCUGGAGGCGCUGAAAGAGCACAAGGAGGUGGAGGUUCUGCUCAGUGACAAGGCCAAAGACAGAGCAGCCAUAUUUAAAGGUAAACCUCUUCCUGGCAGCUUGAUUGAGGAGGGUGUGAAUGUUCAAGAAGUGGAGGAAGACUGUCUAACAGAGGCAACCACUCCCGUUCCGUUCGAUCCUGCAGCGUAUGAGCAAACAAGCACGGUACAGUUUGACAGGACUGUGUCACAUGACGUGACGCCUUCUACAGAAACCAGUCCUGUCGAGGACUCCGGUCCAUCAGAACCGGAUGCAGAUACGACUCUGCCUGAGGAGGAGGAAGACGAGGAGGCGGAGCAGGUUGAGGGGGUUGAGGAGAAGACGGACACGAACUCUGACGUCAGAGAGGAGCCUGAGGGUAACACAGACUCGAGCAACCCCUCAGUGGACGAACUACUAGCCGACUGGCGGGAAGACUUGGAGGCUUUCCAGCAGAUGGAGAUGGACGAGCUUUGACACCUGUGGCUUUGACAGUGAGAAGAACUCUUGAAGGUAGUGCUUCUCCACAUCCAAAGCAAUCUGACAAACAUAAAGGGAACUGGAAAUAUAUAUUUUUGAUGACUUGAUUCUCCUCUCACCCUCUGGCGGAUGUUGAGAUCGGAUUCUUGAAAUGACGUUUCUUCGCGAAUCCCCCGUCGAAGACUAUUCCAGUACACCGGAUGCGUCCACUCCUACAAAGGAGGAAGUUCUUCGCACACCGACAUUACAAGGGCACACAUGUAGCUUCUGUAUAGGGCAGACUCACACACAGUUAUUUGCGCAUUGCAGAAUAGAAGGUUGAACCUUGUCGAUAAUGCAGUGACGCAUACUUGCAACCCUUUUACAUUCAUUCUCAGAAUGCAAGGAGGGAUUUAUUGCCUUUUCUUUUUAUGAGGCCAAUUGGAAGGCUCCUUCCAACUACCAAGACCAUUGACUUUUGAGAAGCACCAUCCAGGUUCUCUUAAGUCUAAUUCAUUUAAGACAAGUUGCCAGGGCCUUUAUCUUACUUUGUUGGAGUGUCUGUUUAAUUGGUCAUAUGGAAAACUAAUGAAUAUAUAAAUAGGGACUGUUAAAAAUGUCCAUACCAGUUUUUACAUUUUUACGCUCUAUGCAUCUGGCUCACUCCGCUCAACUUGAACACUGGUCCAAUGAUAAUUUUAUGAUUACCUUGUACAUUGACUAACUUUAUUUCAAUGUGAAAAUUAUUGUAAUGAUAAAUAUAUAUAUAUAUGCUCUUCGUCUUGGUCCUAAUCAUAUUGACAUUGUAAUGUGGUUUAAAUCACCAGAGGAUUAUCAAAUAUGUUUCGGGAUCUUCAAAAAUCGCUAUAUAAUAGUUAAAGUUAGCACCGAGUCUUUGAAGCUACAUAAAAUCAAUUAUCAACGUGAAUUUGUAUUUGUUUAAAUGUGUGUAUGGACUGAAAGAUUAUUAGCGCUUUCCACUCAGGUUCUAAUUCCAACCGACAGCCUCUGGACCACAUUGGAAGGGGCAGACACACUUAGCAGUGCUAACAAGCUGCCACAGGAGGGUGCUGUAUGAUCUGUCUGCAGUGAUGUGUGCUUGCUAGACAGAAGAAGAAGAGUAAAGCCUAUAAAUGAACAUUGGGAAAUCUAAAUAAAAACUGAAAGGGUAA